UGAUCUAAUAAUUAAUUUUACUGUUAUACUUGCAACUUUGGUGCUGUUUGCUUCCUGGCAGCUUGCAUUUGCCCUAGCUUUGUGAAAAUGGAAGGAGAGAGUUUUGGUGAUUUUGAAAUUGAAGUAGAAAGUGAAAUAUCUGACGAGUUUUUGGUUAUUUUAGUAUUUGGAAGGAAGUAUCCUGUUCCUAUAAGUGAGCAAACUCUUGAAGUGGCAUGGAAAGUCUUCAUUCUUCCAACAAAUGGGAAAGUCAAUUUCAUGUUUCCACAUAAGAGUAAAGUUGGAGCAUUUUAUUUUCAUGGAGAGUCUCAAGGGAUUGCUGGCCCACUGGAUGCAAAAAUAGGGUCUACUUGGAUUGCAAUGUCAUCUGCAGAUGAAGGAUCACUCAUGUUAACUGAGUCUGGAAGUAGUCAAAGUGAUACUCAUUCUGGUUAUGUGGUGUGUAAUCAAGAGCCAUUAUCUGGUGAAGGCUGUAUAAUUUAUGCUGUUUUAUAUAAAGAGGAAUCUGUUAGGCCUAUUUUGAGCAAGAAAUGUCGCGUUGGAAAUGUGGUUGCUUUGAAACCAAUUAAUAAUCUGUACAUUUGUGUUAUGAUACCAAGCUACAGUGCUACAUGCAAUGAGUUUUUGGAUUAUGUGCAUGGUUCAAAAAAGGUUUCUGUGGGAGCUGCAGAAAUCAAUGAAGUCAAGGAGCUUCUACCUGACUGCGAGUUCACUCCAAUAUUUGAGCUUAAUUUAUCAAAGUACUGUGGUCAUGUCAAAAUUAAUAUUAAAGUACAAGAAAAAAAUGGGGGAAAAAUUGAGCUCAUUCCAUCUCCCGCCUAGUCAGGUUGGAUUGACUAUCUCCCUCUAGAUUAGAUUUAAUAUAAUGUAAUACAAUUAUUUCAAACUUUCAAUACCAUAAUUUAACAAGAAAAUCGACAUAUAAGUCAAUAUUUCCAACAAAGUCAUGUGACACUAAUAGAUUGCUAGAGUGAGAAUUCAAGAGACAAAAUUGCUUAUCUUUUAAAACUGCUUUCUUUUCAGACCAUACGAAAUAUGGUUCAUAUUUGUCAAGUGAAGCCAUAACAGGAAUAACGUCAAACAGAGGUUGCUCUUUAUUUUUAUGAGUUGACUCCCAUAAUAACUGCAAUUCAACUACAUGUGAGAAUGCUCCGAAUUGUUUUAAAUGAUGGGAACUAACAAUAAGUGGUCUCAUCUUUGCAGUUUCAGUAGUAAUUAGAAACUUUUUAAUCUUUGGAAACAUAUCUUCAACAAAUACUUGACAUGCUGAUUCAAUAUCACAUGCUACAUUAAAUUGAUUUUUAAGUAGAGUGCCUUUACCAGGUUCAAGUGCACCAAACAUACCAUAAAGGUUAGUAACCUUCAGUCUGAGAACUUCUGAGUCGAACAAUUGUGGCACUGCUGUUGUUGGACCACCAAUGUACACAAUAAUCUCCCGACAGCUUUUUCGUAAGAUUUCACAUUUUAGAUUAUCUAGAGGAAUUAAAUGAAAAUAUCUCAAAAUUGAUAAGAACUCUCUUUCCCGUCUGCCUUUAGACAUUUCAUUGUAUUUUGAGACAAGUUCUUCAUAUUGUUCUGGAGAUAAUAUUUCUCCUUCGUCACAUCCAUUCAAUGUGAUCAAGUCCUUUCGGUCAUACAAGAAAUCCCAAUCAUGAACAGCAUCUGACAGAGGAGCACACGGAGCAAUGCCACCAUUAUAAAGUUUUAUUUGAUGCCCAAUGUUGCACUUAUCAAAGUAAGUACUUAAUCUAGCAGCAGAAUCUUCCAAUAACCUUUCACUAUGGUUUAUCACAAACUUUUCGUGACCGUGGCGUUCAUAAAUAUUCGAUUUAUAUUUUCCUAUAUGGAAAUCCACCGGUCUACCUGUUAAGAUUAUGUGCAAACAACUUGGUUGGAGGUGUUUAAGCAAGGCUAACGCUGCUGCUGGAUUAUCCGGAUCGGGUGCAUCUAUAAACAGAAGGAUAACGGGUUGUUUAGCACUGUUUCGAUGGUGCUUUAGAUAGAAAAGGACCAAAACAGAGAGCAGAAAUAAAGAGAAACAGAAGAUAGCAGUUAACAUCAUGUUACUUUUUAGGCGGGGCAUGGGUGUGGUCAGCAUAAAUCAAUAUGCAAUAUCAACACAAGAAUUUCACACAAUGACGAUGAUGAUUGGAUACCUUUACUACUUGUCUUUAUUGGCUUUGGCAAUUUGUUACACUGAAAGACGCUCUCUUGAUUUUCCUUUCUCUAGAGAAACUGAUCCGAUGA